UGUUUAUUUUUACAUUUGUUGUACUUGACAUGAGACCGAAUGUGCAUCAGGCACCUGCCCACCUUGCUGGCGGCGGCGGGAGUCAACCAAGACACUCACCUGUGCCUUCCUGAGGAAGACGGGCCAGCUACAACGUCUGUGAGCACCUCACAGGACUUCACCAGGGUGAAUAAGCUGGACUUCGGAAUUCGAAAAUGGAACCUCCUCAUCCUCAGUGCCUUAUUCAUUGCAAAAACGAUGACACUUGUGGUGAAUUGAAACAGUUGAGUGAUGUAAGAUGGGAAACAGUGUUGAAAGUGUGUGAAGAGUGGUGUGGAACUGGUACAGAGGAGGAAGUGAUUGCUCUUCGACUGUUGACCCACUCUUCUAAGCCUGCCUCCUCCUACUUUCACGACAAGUGUUUCAAUAGGUUUGUGAAUAAAAGGAGAUUAGUUCAGGCUAAAAACAAGGUGAAAGAAGGUGAAGAGUCCAAUUCAGCAUCGUCACACCGAGAGCAUCGUCAACAAAUUGCUGCCUCCUAUUCUGGUUGUGACAGAAGAACCUCUGGCAUUUUACCUCCACAAUGCAUUGUCUGCAAGAAGCUCAAGUGGAAGACGUCGAAAUCUACUUGCCUACGAACAAAGGAGAAACUAACGCAGGGUGGCCCGAAUGCUGAAAAGUUCUACGAGGCAGCAGCAAAGUUACAAAGGCAUGACAUACUGCAGAAAAUCCAGUACAAGAAGGACUUACUGGCAGUGGAAGCCAAUCUGGAGAGUUCAGUGUUCAGCGGCAAUCCUCAUAUGGCUUUUCCAAAGUGGCAUGUGAUCAGGCCAUAG